UUUGCAUAGUACGUAUUGCUCCGAGGACAAAUGGUUUUCACAUGGAUUUUCUGGUUCCCAGAGGGAGUGUAUCUCUAUCCACGUGGGGCAGGCAGGUGUGCAGAUCGGCAAUGCCUGCUGGGAAUUGUACUGCCUUGAACAUGGAAUCCAGCCUGAUGGCCAGAUGCCUAGUGACAAAACCAUCGGCGGUGGGGACGACUCGUUCAACACUUUCUUCAGCGAGACUGGGGCUGGCAAGCACGUGCCCAGAGCGGUGUUUGUGGACCUGGAGCCCACGGUGGUAGAUGAGGUGCGCACGGGGACCUACAGGCAGCUCUUCCACCCCGAGCAGCUGAUCACGGGGAAGGAAGAUGCAGCCAAUAAUUACGCCAGAGGCCAUUACACCAUUGGCAAGGAGAUCGUGGACCUGGUCCUGGACCGGAUCCGCAAACUGGCAGAUCUGUGCACCGGCCUGCAGGGCUUCCUCAUCUUCCACAGCUUUGGAGGCGGCACCGGCUCUGGGUUCGCGUCUCUGCUCAUGGAGCGGCUCUCAGUGGACUACGGCAAGAAGUCCAAGCUGGAAUUUGCCAUUUACCCAGCCCCCCAGGUGUCCACGGCCGUCGUGGAGCCCUACAACUCCAUCCUGACCACGCACACGACCCUGGAGCACUCGGACUGUGCCUUCAUGGUGGACAACGAAGCCAUCUAUGACAUCUGCCGCCGCAACCUGGACAUCGAGCGCCCCACCUACACCAACCUCAAUCGUCUGAUCGGGCAGAUCGUGUCCUCCAUCACGGCCUCGCUGCGCUUCGAUGGGGCCCUGAAUGUGGACUUGACGGAGUUCCAGACCAACCUGGUGCCCUACCCCCGCAUCCACUUCCCCCUGGUCACCUACGCCCCCGUCAUCUCUGCCGAGAAGGCCUACCACGAGCAGCUGUCAGUGGCCGAGAUCACCAAUGCCUGCUUCGAGCCAGCCAAUCAGAUGGUCAAGUGUGAUCCUCGCCACGGCAAGUACAUGGCCUGCUGCAUGUUGUACAGGGGCGACGUGGUUCCAAAAGAUGUCAAUGCUGCCAUCGCCACCAUCAAGACCAAGCGCACCAUCCAGUUUGUGGACUGGUGUCCAACUGGCUUUAAGGUGGGCAUUAACUACCAGCCCCCCACUGUGGUCCCCGGGGGAGACCUGGCCAAGGUGCAGAGGGCCGUGUGCAUGCUGAGCAACACCACUGCCAUUGCUGAGGCCUGGGCCCGCCUGGACCACAAGUUCGAUCUCAUGUAUGCCAAGCGGGCCUUUGUGCACUGGUACGUGGGAGAAGGCAUGGAGGAAGGGGAGUUCUCUGAGGCCCGGGAGGACCUGGCAGCGCUGGAGAAGGAUUAUGAAGAGGUGGGCGUGGAUUCCGUGGAAGCAGAGGCCGAGGAAGGGGAAGAAUACUGAGGAGGACUGAGCAGC